UGCGUGCGACUCCGUUCUUCUUCCUUAGUUGUCACUAAAAAAUUCAAAAUCCCUCCAUCAAUACUUUUCUUAGUUUGGGAUACGCGAGAAAGAUUGCAGGCCGGCGAGAUCUAGCCAGACAAACCGGUUCGCAUCUCGAGACCAGAUCAAAUUAUUCAAUCAAACACAUUAUUUGAAGCCAUUUUUAGAUCUCUUCUUCGCUGUAAGUACCGCCUCUGGAUCUGAUUUCCUUCCAUUCCAAUCUUAAGAAUUGGAGAAGCAAAUUGAAGAGAAUUUUCUCCGAGGAACUUUUUCACGGAGGCACUUGCGACUACAUUAUCGAACGAGUCGCACUUGUUGCAGGUUCUGAAAAUUAGAUAAGGGCUAUUAGUAUUCCUACUUUUUCCAGUUUACAUCUAUGUUUGGAAGUACUGUGACAGUUCCUAUCAAUAGUCCGCAUUUGAGGAAGUCUGGAAGCAGACUGGUAGUCUCUGACCUUGGUGAUGAGCUGGGUAAUGGUGUAGAUGAGGGUAUCUCACAUUCUGUAGAGAUGAAAGAUCUUUGGAAUGCAAGCACAACAAUUAGUACUGCUGCAAUCAUGCCAUCUCCUACAUUCUUAUGGAGAUUUAAGGUACUCUUGUUCUUUAUCUGGGGAUUCAUUUGCUGCAAGAUUGGGUGGGAUUCUGUUAUGAGAAUGAGUGUAGAAUUGCGAGAUCGUUUCCUAUAUGAGGCAUUUUUGUAUUAUAAUCCUCUUCUUCUUGUGACGAUGAUGGUUUGGCUUUGGGGAAUCAAUUUAUGGGUUUUUUCCCAGUCAACUGUUAACUAUUCGAAGAUCUUUGACCUUGAUCAAAAUCAUCUAACUCAUAGAGAAAUAUGGAAGUGUGCUACCUGGAUGACUAUUGUUGUUCCAACAAGCAUGACAGCUUAUCUUUAUCUUUAUUCUCAUGGAGAAGUACCAUUGGCUGCAUCUCAACCAGUGCUUUUAUACUGUGCUGUUGCGAUGAUUUUGAUAUUCCCUUUUGAUAUUUUUUAUUUGUCAUCCCGCUACUACUUCUUAAGGACUCUUUGGCGGAUAGUUCUCCCACUACAGGCAAUUACAUUUUCUGACUUCUUUGUGGCCGAUAUUCUAACAUCCAUGGUGAAGGUGUUUUCAGAUUUGGAGCGAUCAGUGUGCAGAAUGGUGCAUCGGCAGGUUGCUACCAUUGCAUGGUUUGAAGCUGAUUCAGUUUGUGGAAGUCAUUCAGUUGCCAUCCCUAUAGUUCUUGUUUUACCCUACCUUUUUCGCUUGUUCCAAUGCCUCCGUCAAUACAAGGAUAUGAAGGAUAAAACAUCCCUUUUCAAUGCCUUGAAAUAUUCAACAGCAGUCCCAGUGAUUUUUCUUUCAGCCCUUAAAUACCACGUCCUUCCUGAAAAAUGGACAAACUUUUAUCGGCCUCUAUGGCUUCUUUCUAGUGUUCUGAACUCACUAUAUUCAUUCUACUGGGAUGUGACACGAGAUUGGGACUUGAGUGGCUUCUCUCGGAUUUUCAAAUUCAACAAGCCUCACCUUUGCUCAUACCUUCUAUACGGACGAAAAUGGGUCUACUUUUGGGUCAUAGGUAGCAAUUUAAUCCUCCGUUGCACAUGGACAUACAAGCUAUCUGCCCAUCUCCGCCAUAAUUACCUAACUGUUUUUACAAUUGCUGCCUUGGAGAUUCUUCGACGUUUCCAAUGGGUUUUCUUUCGUGUUGAAAACGAAUGGAAUAAAAUGAACUCAAAGUCCAAUAUCCAGCUGUCUUCUAUUGAGACUUCGAGUGAGGAAGCCAAAUUACUUUCCAAUGAUCACAAUGUAUAGAUGAAACGACAGCAUGUUAGGAGCACCAGCAUCAGGGGUUAUGAGCAGUAUCCUCCACAUUUUGGCGAGAAAGGUUCAUUUUUCAUUUUAUAUAACCAUAUUAAAAUUUCUUUCAUUUUUUCAAUAGAAAUUCAGGUAACUCUAUGAUUACUCAAGCUAAGACAUACGUAUAAAUUCAUUAUGUUAAAACCUCAUUGUAGGAGGGUUCAUGAUUAAAAGUUGAAAUAUAGGGCAAUAUGAGAAUGUUUUUCUUGCGAAAUUAUCCGUCGUAAGCAAAGCACUUUCCAGUUUCCACCUAUAUUAGAUAUCAGUUUUGUUGUACUGCUGCCUUAAUGGCAUGGCUAGGCCACGGUGAAUGCCUUCAUGUAACAUUCAUUUAUCUGAAGGGCUUGUAUCGGCCAGCUUUCUUAUGGCCUUUGGUAAAGUCAUGUAAUUUUCUAUUUCGUCAUGUUAAAUGUCAUUUUCUUUUUC